AUGAAAAUUCGAUCCUUCCUUCCGAUGAUGAGGAUAUCUUUGAUCAAGAAUCAAAAUCUAUCCUCAUCACCUCUAUUUAAAAACAAAAAUCUAUCCUCAUCGUGGAAUUAUGGUAAUCAUGUUACCUUAAUGAACACCAUUUCCGAUCAAUCUCAAUGUAAUAUGAAGAAUUACCAUCGUUGUGUGGCAUGUAACAUCCAUUUAACCACCACAACAAUGAAUCAAACAGCAAACAAAACAUCAGCGAAUAAUGAAUCAUGUACGAAUGGUUCUUUGUAUGAAUUGACUGCCAAGGAUAUUCAUGGCUCGGAAUAUCUAUUGAGUGAUUUGAAAGGAAAAGUGUGUCUGAUUGUAAACACGGCAAGUAGUUGUGGAUUUACGAAACAAUUUGAAGAAUUGCAACAACUCUAUGAUACGUAUGGAAAGAGUGGAAAAUUUGAAGUUAUUGCCUUUCCCAGUAAUUCAUUCAAUCAAGAAACAGGUUCGAAUGAACAAGUGUGUCAAUUUGCAAAAUCAAAAUUUAAUGUGACAUUUAAAAUGAUGGAGAAAGUGGAUGUGAAUGGUGCCUCCACUCAUCCUGUGUAUCAAUAUUUGAAAGAAAAGGGACCACAUGGUCUAUUGGGAACAACUGCCAUCAAAUGGAACUUUACCAAGUUCUUGAUUGAUAAAAACGGUAAUGUGAUUGCUAGAUAUGCUCCAACCACCACUCCAUCUUCGAUCGUCAAAGAUAUUGAAAAAGCCUUAGAACAAUAA